AUGAAAAUUUUUACGGCUCUAUUACUGUCAUCCCUUUCUUCCGUUGCACUUUCUGCUCCCGCUCCCGCUCCUGCAGAUGGGCAUCAUGAAGACCAUCAUAAAGACGAAAAACCGGCAGUCGUGACUGUUACGCAAUACAUUGAUUUAAAUGCCGCUACUAAGGGCGCUGACUCUGCUGCUACUACCACCACCAUAUUGAACUCUUCUAAAAAGGACUUUUCAGAGCAGAAACGCGAUGGCGGAUUUCAAGACGGUACCGUGAAGUGUUCAGACUUUCCUUCUGCCAACGGAAUAGUUUCACUGGAUUGGUUAGGAUUCGGUGGAUGGGCAUCUGUUAUGGACAUGGAUGCCAACACAUCGUCCGAGUGUAAGGAUGGUUAUUACUGUUCUUAUGCCUGUGAGCCUGGCAUGUCGAAAACUCAAUGGCCUUCCAAUCAGCCAGGCGACGGUAAAUCUGUCGGUGGCCUUUAUUGUAAAAACGGUUAUUUGUAUCGUACUAACACUGACACUAGCGAUCUGUGUUCCACGGAUGAAACAUCUGCCAAAGCUGUUAACAAAAAGAGCGACUCCAUUGCUCUUUGUAGAACUGAUUACCCAGGUUCUGAAAAUAUGGUCAUCCCCACUCUGGUUGAUGGUGGUGAUUCACAGCCCAUUUCUGUUGUUGAUGAAGAUACCUACUAUCAAUGGCAGGGUAAAAAGACAUCUGCUCAAUACUACAUAAACAACGCGGGGGUUUCUGUGGAAGAUGGUUGUAUAUGGGGUACUUCAGGUUCGGAUGUCGGAAACUGGGCUCCAAUAGUGCUGGGCGCUGGUCAUACUAAUGGGGAAACCUAUCUGUCGUUAAUUCCAAACCCUAAUAGUAACCAAGCCGCCAACUUCAAUGUUAAAAUUGUCGCAUCCGACGGAGCUGAUGUUCAAGGCAACUGUGCUUAUGAAGACGGCUCUUUCAUUGGAGAUAGUUCUGAUGGUUGCACAGUUUCUGUGCUAUCCGGAUCUGCUGAAUUUGUUUUCUAUUAA